ACUAAUAGCCAGUUGCACCAACAAAUAAACGAUUGAUUUUUUGAUUUGGAUUGCCCGUUUAUUUCAAAAUGCGUUGCACCGACCAUUACUCGAUUAAAACCAACAGUUUUUGAUGUGUCAAAAUUAACCAUCCGAUUUUCUGCGGUUAUUUAAAAAAUCGACUGUUUUUUACCUGACGUUUGACGUUUAUUGUGGUUAUGUUGUUAAAGUGUUCUUAUUUUAUAAUUAUUAAUAAAUUAUUUAUCAUAGUAUCAUCAUAGAUUAUAAAUUAAAAUUUAUAAAAAUGGAUUUAUCAUCAUCGUCGUCGUCGAGUUCAUCUUCUGACGAUUUGGAAGAUAUAAUGCAUAUGCUACCAAAUAUAAGGUCUGUAAGAGAUCGCAAUGAUUUGUAUAACAAGUAUAAUGAAGAUGAAUUUAAAGAAAGAUAUCGACUAAGCAAGAAAACAGUGUUGAUCCUCUUAGAACGGUUUCAUGAACAUUUAGGUUAUAGGACAGAAAGGAAUAAUCCGGUGUCUCCAUUAACACAAAUUUUAAUAACCUUACGGUAUUAUGCAACUGGUUGCUUUCAACAAGUUAUUGGUGAUCUUGUAGAGAUACAUAAAAGUACAGUCUGUAGAAUUGUGCAUCGAGUGGGUCAUCAUAUAGCACUUCUUCGUGAAGAGUAUAUAACUAUGCCAAAAAAUCCCAGAGAUGUAACUAUGGCAAAGCAAGGAUUUUAUGCAGUGGCAAACUUUCCAGGAGUAAUAGGAGCUAUAGAUUGUACACACAUACGAAUUAAUUCUCCUGGUGGAGAAAACUCGGAACUCUAUCGUAACAGAAAGGGGUGGUUCUCCAUGAAUGUACAAAUUGUUUGUGAUUCCAAGUUAUGUAUCAUGGACGUAGUUGCUAGAUGGCCAGGUAGUGUACAUGAUAGUACCAUAUAUAACUCAAGUUUAUUGAGAGCCCAAUUUGAAGCUGGUGAAUAUCCAAAUUGCUAUUUACUUGGUGAUAGUGGUUACACCUGCACAAAUUUUUUAUUGACUCCACUUAGUCAAACUAAUUCUGAAGCUGAAGAACGCUACCAAAAUGCCCACAUAAAAACCAGAAAUGUUAUAGAAAGGUUGAAUGGUGUUCUAAAAAGAAGAUUUCCAGUUUUAGCUACAGGAAUGCAAAUCGAUCUUAAUAAUGUAGGCAGAGUCAUUGUUGCAACAUCUGUUACAUAAUAUUGCUAUUGCAGAAGGAGAUGAAUGGGAGGAAGAAGCUCUUGAAGAAAUCAUUGAAAAUGAAAUUCCUGUAGGAGGCAAUGCAGAAAAUGUUGUUAGAAGACAUUUAAUCCAACAUAUUUUUAAUUAAAAACAAUCUUAUUAUUUGUUAACAGUGAUAUUAAUAAAAAGUUUGUAAAAUAAA